CAAUGGAAAAUACGGAAGAAACUCUGCUGAAAUACAAAGAAUACAUAAAAUCCUCUCGAGACCUGGACAAGAGUGAUAAAGAUUUGCUAACGUCUUGGUCUGCAGAGUUUCAUCUCAGCCAAGUGAAUAUAACCACUAGGUAUAGAUUAGAUAUGACUCGACAUAAAGAACAUAACUUUAGAAAAAUUGAUGCUAGCCCAAAGUGGACUGAGUGUCUGUUAUUGCACGAUAAGGAAAUAUCCAAAUCGGAGAGGAGUUAUAUGACAUGUGAAGAAGAAUGCUUACGAACAGUACACACAGCUACAAACAACGAGAGACAUUCAGUACAUCAGCUGACUAAAGAAAUAAGAAAAUGGCGCAAAAGCUACAGGUAUUUAACAAAACAAUGUCGUUUGGAAUAUCCAAGUGAUGAAGAAGCAGUUGGAAGAUGUCUUGUGGACUAUAUGCGCAGAGAUAAAUUCGACAUAGUCAUCCAGAGACUGCUGGAUCUUAAGCUUCGAAGUAUGUCUGACCUGAACGCCAGAAUGACAGAGUCACUGACCAACCUUGAGGAGUGUUUGAAAAGCUGCUUGUCACACUAUUUGGAUAGAGUCAGGCAGAUUAUGAUUAAUAUUAAUCUUUGUUAUAACUAUUCAAAGAAAAAUUCUUAAAUAAUUUAUACGUCUAGAUAGAGUCUAGCUACUAGAGAACCGAUGAAAACAGGCCAGGUUUAUUAAUGUGCGUGACAAGCUACGUCUUACACUCGCGAUUUUUAUGUCACUUUGUGUUAGUGUGCGUGUAUUGCUCAAAAUAGAGGUCAAAUGUCAACCUCAAUUUUUUUCGACGUUUUCACAGCUGUCACAGACUAUCUAGACGUAUAAAUGAUCAAAGGAAAAUUUUUUUGUGGCACUUUCUUCUAACUUUUUCUACACCAAGAUCAUAAGAUUUUGAAAGUUUAAAUACGAUUGAUUAAUUGUAAGUAUUUAUUUAAACAUGACAAACCUAAUGAUAAUUAUACUUUUUUACAAUAUUAUUAUAAGAUUAAAUUAAUUUUUCUACUCCUCUACUUUUAUCUGACCUAUGACAGCCAUGAUUAUUAAUAUUAGUACAUUCCUUAUUCAGUCUUUGAAAAACUCUAUGACCAAAAAAGCAUUAUUUACCGUACUAUAAUGUCGCCAAAAAAGCACAGCUGUUGUUUUUGGUGCCACAGACAACUAAAUAUAGGUUAGGUAACGUCGUAGGUUCAUAGAAAUAUUAGGUAAUACAUACAACAUUACAUUUAAAAUCUUAAAUCAUUAGACUAACGUCAACUUAAGAAAAAAACUUGUAACUUUAAUGUGCCAAGAUUCUGCUAGGUUUAUUUUGUAAUUUACAAUUUCCCCGCGUUGGCUGUAUGGGUGUACCUUUGCCAUUCCUUGAAGGAAAAAUGAAAAGCUCACCAGAGAGAACACAAUAUGAACAAUACAUUUCCCGCCCAUUUAUGCGGCAACACAAAAACUUGUGAUAUAUUUUUUGUUUCAUUUUUGUUUAAUUUAAAAUUACCUAGUCGUUGAAAAAUAUUUGUAUGCGACACGUUGUAUAACUAAGUCAAAAAACCUACGCCACUCGUGUUUCACCCUCAUUAUAAAGGGUGUUUUUUAGAGGUAUAGAAUUUUAAAUUGAAAUAAAACAACGAUGGAUU